AUUAAAUGGCAUGGCAAGUAAAUAACUACACGUGUUAUUUGGAUAAAUCUGAAUUUUGUUUUAAGUGUAAUGUUAAAUACCGUUCGUCACUUUUUUCGAUGGUGUUCUUCGAAUGCAUCUAUAUCUGGCAAGACAAUUUAUGCGUUGUCUUCCGGCCAGGGACGAUGUGCUAUAGCUGUGAUCAGAGUAUCGGGUCCCGCUGCAUAUAAAGUCAUGACAGACAUGGCUAGACUUAAAUCUCUUCCAGAGCCUAGAAAACUUAUCUUAAGAAAAUUAACCGAUCCAGAAACUCGAGAAUUAUUAGAUAUAGGUCUUGUGUCAUGGUUUCCUGCUCCUAAUAGUUUCAGUGGGGAAGAUAUGUGUGAAAUUCAUGUUCAUGGAGGAAUAGCUGUUAUAACUUCUGUACAAAGAAGUUUAUCAAAACUGCCAGGAUUUUGUAUAGCAGAACCAGGAGAAUUUACGAAAAGGGCAUUUUUCAAUGGAAAAUUUGACUUAACUCAAGUUGAAGGUCUUUCAGAUCUUUUACAAGCAGAAACAGAAAUGCAAAGACAUCAAGCUUUAUUACAAUUGGAUGGAAUUUUAUAUAAAAAAUAUGACAUUUGGAAACAAAAAUUGAAAAAGUGUAUGGCAAAUGUAGAAGCUUUUAUUGACUUUGGUGAAGAUGAAAACAUUGAAUUGGAUGUUUUAGAUAAUGCAAAUAUAGAAUUGAAGAAAUUGAGGAAAGAAAUAGAAAGUGCUCUUUUAGACAAUAGAAAAGGAGAACGUAUACGUGGUGGAGUUCAUUUAGUUAUUGUAGGAAAACCUAAUGUUGGAAAAAGUAGUCUUCUCAAUAUUAUUUGCCAAAGAGAAGCUGCCAUUGUAUCUCCAGUUCCAGGAACAACUAGAGAUGUUAUUUCUUGUUCACUUAAUAUUGGUGGUUAUCCUGUACAUAUUUCAGAUACUGCUGGCAUUAGAGAAACAGAAGAUUUGAUUGAAAAUGAGGGUGUUAAAAGAGCUAAAAAAUGUGCUUUGCACUCAGAUUUAAUGAUAAUUAUGAUUGAAGCCAAUGAAGCAAUCCAAUUGGUGAAAGAUGGUAAAAGGUCUAUUGAAGUUGUUGAUCAACUUUUAAAUGAUAUUAGAAUGUCAUCAAAUGAAUUUCAAAAUUCACAGGCCAAUAAGAAACAACCUAUGACUUUUAUUGUUAUAAACAAACAUGAUCUGUUGAGUUGCAAAGAAAUUGAGAAAUUGAAACAGUUUAUCAAAGAUCUAGAACAACUCAAAUUCCAGCUUUGUAUAAUUUCAUGUAAAACAGAAACAGGUAUAGAAGAUUUUUUAAAAUUAUUACAGGAGAAAAUUGAAAUCUUAUGUGGAAAUCCUCUAGUGGAAAAUCCAAUGCUAACUCGAGAGAGACAUAGGAUGCUCCUUGCUAACUGUGUAAACAACUUAGACAGUUAUUUUGAUACAAUAGAUAAGGAUAUUGUGAUUGCUGCACAUCAUCUUCGUAAAGGAUUGUUACAAUUGGGUAAAAUAAAUGGAAAAGUAACAACAGAAGAUAUUUUAGAUGUUAUUUUUAAAGAUUUUUGCAUUGGAAAAUAA